AGUCCACAGCUCAGAGCUGCACUGCGAGCGCCGCCUCCUCCUGCUCUGCAGUCCCUGUAUUGAGUUUCAUUCCUGCAGUUCUGACUGAAUGAACGCUCAUUAAUUAUUUACAGAGAAGCUGAAGGUCAGGGGAGAAGCCCCGAGAGACCCUUCGGCCCCGAAACAGACUCUUCUCAGCCACAACUCCGCCGAAGAGACCGGACAAGACGAGACUCAGAGGACAAGCGGGACUCAGAGGACGACUGAAGGUAGGACAUCAGUCCAUCUGAUCCAGAUCACACCGAUGUUCAGAGCGUGAAGCACUGGACCCAGACUGGCUGAGAGCUGCAGUUCCUCAUGAUCAGGGACAGUUUUACUUCGGAUUUAGUCUGUCCUGUUCAAAUGCUGCAAACUGCUCUGACUGGACGUGACACAAAUCCAGCUGCGACGCAUUCAUGUCCUCUUUGAUGUGCAGAAGUGCUUAAAUGAAUUAACAUCAGUUGUGUUUGUCUCUAAAAGUCUUGGGUUGGACAAAACAACAUGUCAACUUGGGAACUAUGGGAAACUAAAAACCUUGUGUGCAGUACAGGCACCAUUAACACAUGGUGAAAAUAACUGAUUAUUUACCAUUAAUGGUAAAAGCACAUCUGCUCAUCUGUUCAAAAUAUUAAGGUGGUAUUUCUGUUUCUUUAAGUUAGAAGUUGAACAUUGGCAUUCAAAACAAAGCUGAUUAUAAAGUAAUAAUUACAAUAAAUGAUCAUAAUAAUAUAACGUUAUGUAUCUGUUGAAAUUAUUAUAUCAGUGUGAUUGUUUUGGACAUUUUUUCUGAUGAUUUCAGUCUCUGAUAAAGUAAAUUCAGGGUGAUAUUGAUAAUAUUGGUAAUAAUGAUUCAGCAAAACCAAAUAUACAAUAUGAUCUGUUUACAUCAACCUCUGUCGUCCUGACUGACGGGAACAGGAAACACUUCAAGAGAUCGCCAUGAAACCGCUGCUGCAGGAAAACACUGAUGAUCAACUCAUUCACCUGUUCAUUCAUUCAUCCAUUCAUUCAUUUAUCCAUUCACCCAUUCAUCCAUUCAUUCAGCCAUCUAUUAGCCGUACUGCUGACCCCUUUAGGGAUGUGUGGGGGGCUGGAGCCAAUUAACUGGAUCAGCUGUUGUAUGAGGAGAACAACAAACACUGGGAGGCAACAGUGCUCAACACUGCUCCACCGUGCCGCACAAAUAUACGACCAAUAGUUAUUCAGAAGAAAAACAUUCAUGGAAGUGUAUCCAGUAGCUGCACUGCUGAAAGCUGCGUGGUCUGGUGACAGAAGGUUUUGGUUUUUGUGGUUGAAAAAAACAACAUUACUUUUUACUUUGUGACAUUAUUACAGAGUUAAAUCAUUAAAAUAUAAACUACGCUUCAGAUCCCCAAGAUCCUGUAUUCGUCAUGUCCAUUAGAAAAGCUUUUUCCCUCCUGACGACAUGAUCUUUCCACAGUUUCAUGUCGUGUUAGUUCAGUAUGAUUGAAGAGCUGUUACUGUCCUGAACAGCCAAUGUACCUCAACACAGUUGUUGUGACAUGAUUUGACUCUGUUGUUUCAAAACACAGGCUUGAAUUUAAACCCUGACCCAAACGCUUCAACAGCUGGAACACAAAGGCUACAUGAAUGGAGAGAGGUUUCCGGAAAGCUUCGUUAAUGAUUGAGGGGCUAAUUGAGCGAGACAUACUCUUCAUCAGCAAAACCAAACCAAUGACUGUGUUUUUUCUUUCCCCUUUCACAGGAACUCUUCUCACCAGAGAUAUGGAUCAGAUAGAUAGAUAGAUAGAUAGAUAGAUAGAUAGAUAGAUAGAUAGAUAGAUAGAUAGAUAGAGGAAGGACAAAUGAAGGAAACCUCAGAGAGUGAGAAGACUUGAGUUCGGUGAAGGAGCUGAGACGAUGCCAGAGGAACCUGAACUGAUCCAGCUCUGCAAGAAAUAACCUUCAGAGGUUGAUCAUGAGAUUGAGCCAAGGCUCCAACGUCAAUCCGGACAUCAGUUUGGUGGCGGCGGCGAGUAACCAUCCCAACACCUCUGGCACCUUGCCCACCUCGUCCCUCCCCCCGUCUUCCUGCAGCUUCGAUGAAUCCUACAAGUAUGUCUUCCUGCCCGUCUGCUACUCGCUGACCUUCCUCUUCAGCCUCACCCUCAACUCAGUAGUGCUGCUGCGCUCCUGCCGUCACCACGGCGGCUGCUGCGGCGGCGGGGGCAGCACUGGUGGUGGUGGGCGGCGCUGGAACACCUCGCUGAUCUACAUGGUGAACCUGGCCACCACCGACCUGAUGUACGGCCUGUCGCUGCCCUUUCUGGUGGCGAGCUACGUGCUGAGGGACAGCUGGGUGUUCGGGGACUUCAUGUGCCGCCUCGUGCGCUUCCUCUUCUACUUCAACCUCUACUGCUCCAUCUUCUUCCUCACCUGCAUCUCCGUGCACAGGUACCUGGGGAUCUGCCACCCGAUGAGGACCAUCACUCUGGAGAGCAAGCGGGUGGUGAAGGGGACCUGUGCGUUGGUGUGGGUGGUGGUUUUCAUUCUCACCUGCCCCAUCUUCAGGUUCGCCCAGACUGGAUACGUCCGGCGAGGAGGUGGCGGGGUUGCUGGGCCUGGAGCGGCGAGGGACAGUGGGAACAGGACUGGGGAACAGGAUGGCGAGGGGUACAUGAACUGCUGGGACGACGCCAUCGAUAAGGAGUUUGCCGACUACGUCCCGUACGGCAUCGUCCUCCACCUGUUGGGCUUCUUUGUGCCCUUCGUCAUCAUUGCCUGGUGCUACUCUCAGGUGGUCAGGACAAUCUUUCAGACCCUCCGCUCCCCUCCCAGCUCGAUAGAGGGUGGCGAGGAUGGUCAGGUCGGGGACGGAGCAUCAGAGGGAGUUAGAGAGCGGGAAAGAACCUCAGUCUCCAUCUCUGGCUCGCAGUACUCCCACUAUAUCCGGCGGCGGCGGAAAUCCAUCAAAACCAUCGUAACCAUCACGCUCCUGUUUGCACUCUGCUUCCUGCCUUUCCAUGUGACCCGGACGCUCUUCCUGCUCCUGCGGCGUGGGCAGCUCGGUGGCUGUUACGCCAUGAAGACUGUCUCCAUCUGCUACAAGGUCACCCGGCCGCUGGCCUCCUGCAACGCCUGGCUCAACGCCCUCCUCUACUUCCUGACAGGGGAUAAGGGCGCCCCCUGCUGCUGGCCGGUAGAACACAGCGUCCGCCGAGAACGCCGGAACGGCUCCCUCUGGUGGCCACUGAAGAUCCUCAAAAAGGACGGGGUGGGAGAGGACGACCAGGAGGCGGCAGAGAAGGUUGAAAGGCAGGUUCACAUGGAGAAUGAGUCCAAGUCUUCCAGGGUCAUCUUCUAGGAAAUU